AUGUUGACUCCUCCUCUGGAUUCCUUCCUUCCUUCCUUCCUUCCUCACUCUGUCUCCUCACAGACGCAAUAUCUGACUCCUCCUAAAGCUCCUUCUCCUAUCAGCCUUCCCGUGCACUACACGCCUGCUAUCUCCACCUCACCACUGCGCCAGGCGACACCAGACCGUAAGGCCCAGGAGGUGUCGUGUUGGCUGCUUCAGGCCUACGAAGAGCUGCUGGAGGGCUGGAACUCCACUGAGGACGAGACCUACUCGGAGCGUUACCAGGUGUUCCAGACCUUUCUGGUGUCUUUCAAUGAGCAGCGACGUCCCAUCAUGCCUCUGCUGACCGCCAUGAGACGAAGCUCCAAGCUGAGCGAGGAGCAGCGAGCCCUUCGGGAGGCGUGGGAUGCCCUCACAGAAAAGCUACGCGAGUACAAAAUAGAGUUAGACGUGAGGCUGCCAGCCCCUCUGGACCUGGUGGCACGAUGGCUUCUGAGAACCGAGGCUGUCCUGGCCGAGGAAGAGGGUGACCCCCUGGACCAUGGCCGGGCUGCGGACGAAGCCAAGGAAAAACAGGAGCAACUCAAGGUCUGCCAAGAGGAAAUGCCCCAACAAUUGAAGACUUUCCAGGCCUUCCUGAACCAGGAUGUGUACGGAAACAUGUUGGUCCCCGCUGAAAAGAUAGAGGAGCUGAAGAGAAGAUUCACCGGUGUAAGAGUGAGCGCUAAGUACCAUGGGAUCAAGCUGGAGUACCUUGAGCACCGUCACACUGUUUUGGAUUUGCUGGGGCAGAUCUGGACCAAAGUCCGUUUAUGGAAGAGGCCUUAUCUCUCUCCAGAGGCAAUCAGAGUGCUGCUGCAGGAAUGGAAUGACCUAGUAAACAAUCGAGAGAUACCUUCUACGUUGGAAGCAGCCCUUCGUAAGUUGAAGCAGGUUGCUGAGAAAUACUCAAGCAAGUCUGCCCUCGCUGCCGACUACCCCCAAGUUUGUCAACAAGUGACGCAGAUAGAGGAGGACACGGCAGCAGCUCUGGUGGAGGUGACGUCGGCCAAAAGCGCCUUGGAACGGGUGCUGACCGCCUGGGACUCUUAUAGUGAUGGGAUCAGCUCCAUGGAGGCGUGGCUCGAGCAGAGCUUAGCCGGACAGAGUUACGGUCCCCAGCCAAAGGUGACAUCCGAGUCCUUGGCUGAGUGGGGGUCCCGACUAGCUCACCUGAGCGAGGUGGCAAACUUUUUGAUGGAGUCGACUGACCCACAGAGUAGCAAGAGCCUGGCGGGGGAGCUGCAAAAACUCAAGAUGAACUGGGAAAAAUUCAACCAAAGAAACACUUUGGACAGCACAGACAAGUGCAAUGUUGAUAUUGAGACCAGACCUCAAGACCUUCAGGCUCUGGUCGAGGAGGCGAGUCUUCUUCUCAAAGAGCCUGUAGAGACAAUGGCGGGUCCUUUACGCAUCUAUAGAAAAAGAAUACAGUUCAUGCUGAGGAAGAUAAAGGAAGUGGAUCUGGAAUCUCUUGAUUCAUCUUCAGAAGGACCAUCAGAUGAAUUAAAGAAACUAAAGAUGACCAUGCUUGAAGCAAAACAAACUCUGUGCGAAGCAGAGAAGGUGUGUGCCGAUUUGCAGCACAGUGUUUCAGGUCUUGACAGUCGCCUCGCUGAGCUUCUGCACUGGGAGACUGAGACCAGGGAUCUAUACCAGCUGCUGAAGGCCUCAGAGCUACGGCAGCAAAGAGGCCAAGAUCCAAGAGCUAAGGUCGCAAUAUCACGUGGGCUCCAGCUGGAAGGUCAGGUGGUGACAGAGGAGCAGGACCUUCAGGUCUUGAUAAAGACACAUCAGAAGAACUCUCCCAUCCAAUGUCUUCAAGCUUCCACCAUACAGGGCCGUGUGCGAGCAACUGUGGCUCACUCACAAGAGGUGGUAGGACUGCUAAGUAGCCUGGGGGCUCGAAGGGACAGAAGCAGGAGCCCUACAGGAGGGCCUCCAUCCAAAGUCUUUAUUCAGGCCAAAACCAAGCCUCAUCAUCUAAGACAGCUGGGCACUGGUCCACCAACACAGGAGUGUACUACCUUGUCAGAAUUUCAUCCAUCUCAAAAAGCGUUUGUGCCAAAGAUAGUGGUGCAGGAAUACAGAGAAGAUACAAUAGGUUUACCCCCAGUGUCUUAUAGUUCUGCACAAGAAGAGAUGCAGACUAGCCCGACACAAGCAGAAGGCCAAACUCAGGCCUGGGCAGUGAUGACGGAACAAGAGCAGACUGCAGAGAACACAUGGAUACAGCAGCAACAGCUUAACAGAGCAGAAGCACAAGACCCAAAGUAUUACCAAGCCCAAGCAGAGGUACUAAAAGAAAAAGAGAACACAAAGAAAGAGACACAGAUUCAUAAAGAUGGGGAGCAGCAACUGGAGGAGAUGGAAGGUUAUAAAGAGGACCAGUCUGUGCUAAUGCAUGUAGAGGUUGAAAGAAAACUCACGCAGACAACUGCAGUGCAUGAGCUGACGUCACCAGUAAAGAAACCUCUUAAAUCACAAGAACUUCAAUGCAAAAAGGCCCGGGGCUUGAAGAACCGACCAUGGCUUAAAAAAACAGGAGAACACGAUAUUCAAAGUCCAAACAAAGAUUCUGCCCAAAAAAUAGUUCAGGCUACACAGCCACAGAAGAAUAAAGACAUGAUAGGAUCCACUGAAGUUGUUCAUCACCAUACAGUAACCUCCAGGACACAGCCUGAGACCCAAGACAAGUCUGCUGGUCAGUCAACCAAACGGAAAAAACUAAAAGAACAGCAGCAGAAACAACAAAUGCCGAUUGUAGUAGCGCAGCCAGAAGAAGGCACAAGGAAUAAGUCAAAGGCAGUAGAACUGCCACUUCAGCAAGCAAACGUCAAAAGUCAGCCCUCAGCAGAAAUGAUGGCUCAGUCACAGGUUCAGCCCCAGCCUCUAGCACACAGCCAAGUUAUAGCUCAAGGGCUAACCUGGGCGCAAGUUAGCCCUUUAUCUCCUAUUCAGGCUCCUCUGCAGGACAACAUUCUACCACCUGUGCCUUCCCAUAUUCAGCUUCGUAGUCAUCCACAGUCCUGGUCCCCCGUCAGGCCGCCGUCCCCUAAGCCACCAGCGCAGGCACAAAGUCCGACCCACGUAAUCACUCAUGCACAAGUCUCUCAAGAGACAAUAUUCCAGAUGCAAAGACACCCUCAGUUAACUCAGCCUGAAAACCAAACAAUGCUUCAACCUCAAAGCCAUUCUCCUCUAGAGACUCAGACUCAAAUCUAUGCAGCUCAGCCUCAAACCAGUCUUGCAUCCAUGGCUCGUGCUCAAACCCACCCCUUGUCAAAAACACAGCCUGUGACCCAGUCCCAAGUCAAACCUCAAACCGUGGCCAAGAUUCAACAAAAUGUUCAGCCCAAGACCCAGAUUCAGGCCCCUGUCCAUGCAAAGACUAAACCCCAAAUCAGUCUUGGGUCUACGGCUCAUGAGCAAACACAAUUUCAGCAAAUGACACAACCUCAAAAAUUCGCUAAGCCAAUGAUUAAACCUCAAGCUAAGCCAGAGCCCAUAACAGUGGUUCAAACCCAUCCUCUGUCCAAAGCCCAAUCUCAAAGCUGUGUUUACGCCGGGACCCAAUCACAUGUCAAGCUCCACAGUUUCAGGCUUCACAAGCACCGCAAGGGCCUCAAGGUGGUCAUCCACAAAGACCUCAAAUGGGUCCCACAGGGUAUUCUAACAUGA